AUGGGCGCCCUCAUCGAUGCUCUGGUCGACGUCAUCAAGGGCACAUGGCCACAGCCGCCGCCGCUGCUCUCGUACACACUCGCCGGCGUUGCUCGCAAUGCGCCGCGUGCCCUUGUCUCGGACUUUUUCGUCUCUCGCGCCACAGAGUUCCUCCCGCGGCUGGCUGCUGCCGCAGAGGCUGGGACCCAUGCUCGCGCCGCCGGCGCUGUCACUGCUCUUGUCCUCAUGUCGCUCCGCACCGCCGCUGCCCUCACCUCCUCGCCUCUCCCGCAGCUUGUCGGCCACUUGUACAUGCUCGAUGCUGCUGGCCCGCGCGUCUGGGUCGACCUUCCGGGCACCGCCCCGCUGAUCGCCCAGCUCAAGGGCGCCUUUCGUGACCACGAGUCGGUCCCGCCCGACUCGCCCAACGCCGCUGCCCGGCUAGCCGCCUUUUCGCGGGGCGCCUUUCCGGACCGCGCCGCGCUCACUGCGCUCCGCGCCACCGUUCUGCCCAUCCUCCACGCCCUUCCGCCCGACGGCCACAUGCUUGACAUCCUCCCGUCGCUUGUCGGCUACGCCGCCGCCCGCGACCUCGCCGUCAAGCACCUCUCGUCGUGGCUCGCCUCGACUUGGACCUCGCGCGCCGCGGAGGAGCUCCUUGCCUCGCUCGUCGACCACACCACCGGCGCGGCGCCUGCCGACCGUGCCGUCGUCGCCGCCCUUGUCCGCCUCCGCCCGGGCAAGUCGGACGAGCUCCUCGCCCGGCUCAUUGCCGCCCACGAGCCGCGCAUCCGCAUCCACGUCCUCGGUGCCCUCCUCGAGGCCGCCGCCGCCGCCGGCAAGCCCUCGUCGCGCCUCGCCUCCAUGGCCGCCGUCUUUGAGACCGUCACCACGCCCAACGCCGAAUAUGAGCUUGGCACCGUCGCCGCCGCCCUGCUCAUGCAGCCCAAGUUCCGCCGCGGCGUCCCGGCCUUUCUCCGCGCCUUUUGGGCUGCGGGCGUCGUUGUCGGCCCGCACCCGCCGUCAUCGGCCCCGCGCCCUCCCCGCCCGCCCUUUGACAUGGUCGGCUUUGUGGCCGGUGCCACCGCCCGCCCGGCCGCCUGGCCCAAGCCGGACUCGGGCUUUGACAUUGCCGCGUGGGUCAAGACCCUCGUUGACCUCCUCGUCGCCGCCAUCCUAGCCUCGGUCCCGCACGCCGUCCACGACCCGGCCACCAAGCCGGCCGCCUGGCCGCCUGCUGACGCCUUCCCGCGUGCUGUCCCGCGCAUCCACGCCAUCGCCGCAAAGUGGCUCACGCUCAACAUCCCCUCAGUCUUCCCGCAGCUCUCCGAGCGCGACCUCACCUCGUACCUCACCCGCAUCCUCCUCCUCGCACCGGCCAAGGCCUACUCGGUCCCGGAGCUCUCGCCGGCCGCCACGGCCCGCCUUGUCAAGUACGCCCUCCGUACCGUCCCGCUCGAGCAAGAGUGCCUGGUGAGCAUCUGCCGCUGCCGCGGCCUCGCCCCGCCCACCCGCCUCGCCUUUGCCCUCAAGAUCCUCCGCCGCGCCGCUUCACUCCCGCCGCCACGCCCGCCGCUCGGCGCCGACGAGGUCAUCGCAGCCCUCCUCAACCCGGCCACCCUUGUCUGGCCGCGCCCGCUCGCCAGCCACAUGGCCCGUGCCCCGCCGCUCGCCCGCGCAGACCUCCUCUGGCAGGCCUUUGUCGGCAUGACCCUUGCCUCGUGCCUCGCCCCGGCAACCGUGGGCGCCGCCUGCUGGGAGAACGUCCCGCCCGUCCGCCUCUGCAUGGAGCGCCUCAUCACCGGCAUUCCGCUCCCCCACUCGCUGCCGCCGCCGCGCCCGCCGGCGCCAUCCGCAGACGCCACUCUUGCCCGCAUCGAAGCCGACGCAAAGGCUGCGCUCGCGUCAGCAGCGCCCGGCGCCCCGCCGCUCGACGCCCUCCUCCACAUGUCGCUUGUCCGCGACGGAGCACUGCUUGCUCCGCGCGCACCCGUCGACGCCGCCACCUACACCGCCCUCCCCUCUGCCGUCGACGAGCGCCUCGCCGCCCUCCAGACCGAGCUCAACCUCUCUGCCCCGCUCACCGCCUCGCGCGCUCCGGACUUUCUCCGCUCGCUCAUCGCGCGCCAGGACCCGUCCGAGACCCUCAAAUGGCUCUCGCCGCUCCUCGCUGGCGACUCGGCCACAGCCUCGGCCAUCAUGGACUCGGUCCCGCUGCCCACCCUCUGUCAGCUCCUCGUUACUGCCCUCCUCGAGCGCGCUUCGUUUGCAGACGCCCUCGCCACCCGCGUCGCCGCAGGCCUGCCGGCCGCCGCCAAGCCCGUCCUCUCUGUCCUCCUCCCGGGCCUCUCCUCUCCUGCCGCGCCGCGCCGCGCCGCAGCCUCGGCCGCCCUCACCGCAGUCGUCUCCGAUGCCUGGCUCACCGCCAUCCCGGCUAUGGCCCCGGGCCUCGCCUCGCUCCUUACCUCGACCCUCGCCGCCGCCCUCCGCGUCGAGGACCGCGUCACCGUCCUCGCCGCCUACCUCGACGCCCUCGUCGCCCUCGCACCCGACAAUCCCCCCGUUGUCGACGUCGUUGUCACGGCUGUCGCCGACAUCGCCGCGGGCCGCAGCCCCGUCCCGUCUUCGGCCCUCGAUGACGUUCUCAGUCCGCGCCCGGCCCUCCUCGUUGCCGUCACCCGCAUGGUCGCCGCCGCCAGCGCCGACGCAGACCCGGCUGCCCUCGCCGCUCUCCUCCCGGCUGUCCAGGCCCUCGUUGUACUCAUACUCCACGCUGACGACGCCCAGCUCCUGGUCUCGCUCGUCGCCGUCCUCGCCGCUGCCAACGGUGGCCGCGUCCCGCGUGCUUGGCCCGUCUGCCUCCCGCUCGCGCUCCUCGGCCCGCCCGACCUCCCGCUCGCAGCUGCCGCCCGCGCCGCCUGCUCGCUUGCGGAUGUCGUCGCUCUCCUCGCCCGCCCAGGCCCCCGGGCCCAGCGCUCCGCCCUCCUCGCCCUCCCGGUCGUCACCGCCGCCUCGGACGCCGACCUCGCCGCUGCCGCCGCCUCGCUCGGCGCACUCUCCCGCAAGAUGCUCGCCUUUCGCCUCAAGACACUCUCGGCCGCGCCGACUGCGCCGACGGCCGCCGCACGUCUCCUUGCUGCCACCCUGGCCCGCCCUGCUCCCGCGAGCGCUAGUGCUGGUGCUGCAGUCGCUGCUGUCGGCAUGGACAUUGCAGACGACGGGGCGAGAGCCGACUCCAGCGCCCCGCCAACCGCGCCGCUUGUCGUCCGCCGCCUCGCCUCCCCCGCACCUCGCCUCGCCUCGGCGACGGUUUCGGUCGACGCCAUUGUCGCCCGCGCCGUCGACUCGCGCUGUCUGAGUCUCGAGGCCGAUGUCGCCGCCGCCGAGGCUAGUCUUUGCGGCGACGCGCUGCGGGCGUGGCGCGCCGAGCUCGCCACCGCCCUCUGCACCAAGGUCCUUCCCGCUCCGGCCGUAUGCCGCCACCCAGCGGCCGCCGGCUUUGUGGCUUGGCUCCUCGACGCAUGGGCGGUGCCAGCCAUGGACGCCGCGCUUGGCGCCGGGCCGUACACCGACCUCGCUCCUGGCGCCGCCCGGCUCUUGCUCGCCGGUUGCGCCACUGCCUCGGCCUGGCCCCGGAUCUCCGCCGCGCUUGACGCUAUCACCCCGGCAGCGCCAUCGCUUGUCCAGGAGCGACUGCUGAUGGCGCUCCACGCUGUGGCCACCCGUCCGGGCGCAUGGCUUUCCUACCUCGACGCCAACUCGGAGCGCCGCCGGGUCAAGUGGGAGCUCGCCCCGGACCGUCCGAGCAGCCUUGUCGUGAGUCCAGUCCUCUCCGACUCGGCCCUGGCCGCCCUCGGCGGCAUCGUCUCCUCAGAUCGCUGGCUCCGCCUCGUUGUCCGCCUCGCCCGGACCGGCCGCGGCCUCCGUGCCGUCGUCACGGGCGCACGCAACGCCGGCGCCGGCGACGCGCCCUGGGUCACCCGCCUCUGCCUCAAGUUCCCCGACGAGCUGGGCGAGACCGCUGCCGCCGCCUCGCCGCUCCUGUCGCCACCACAAUGGUCCGCGCCCGGGCUUGAUCUGGCAGCGUCCAACGCCGACGUCGUCAUCCACCACCUCCUCGUCCAGCUGGACAUGACCGCCGGCGGGCGGGCGGCCUUUGGCGCCCUCGCCUACUACGCGCGCGCGCAUGGCGCGGUCCUUGUCCGCCACACCCCGUCGCUCCUCGGCAUGCUCGACGCCAUGGUCAGCGGCGGGCUCACCCGCCCAGCUGCCCUCACCAUGGCCUUUGCCCUCAUCGCCCUCCUCCAUGCCCUCCGCCGCGUCCUCACACGCGACCUCGUCGCUGCCGUUCUCGACCUCCUCGGCUCCGCCUUUCUCGCCGGCGCAGGUGCCCAAGCCGGCGCAGGACACGACGAGUGGCUCCAUCUUCGCAGGCUCAUGGGCCUCGCCGCCUUUGUCCACGUCCGCCUCGCCGAGGACGCCGGCCUCACCGUCGCUGGCGACGACAAGUUCCUCGCCGCCCUCGCCCAGCUCACCGGCGGCUGGCCCGACGGCGGCGGCGCACCCUGGAUUGAGCGCCUUCUCGCCAUGGCCCACGGCCGCCCGCUGCCGCGCCUCCGCUACGCCAGCUCUCGCGACUUGCCGACACUCCGCCGCCAGCAGGACGGCGACCCGGCAGCCGCUGCCGCCGAGCUUGACGCCGUCGUCGCUGUCGCCGUCGGCCCAAAGCCGGACGCCCGCCCGCUCGCCUUUGAGAUUCUCUUUCGUCACCUCUCAUGCCUCCCCGAGCACGCGCCCGCUGUCGUCCCGCACCUCGAGACCGCGUUGCGGUCCCGCGACCGCGCCCUCGUCCAUGCCGUCGCCAAGCAGUCGGUCGGUCUCCUCCAGCUCGUCGGCGGAGACGGCGAGGAGCUCCUCCGCGCCGUCGCCCGGAGGCUUGAUACCGCGUCGCGCGCCGCUGUCGAUGCUCACUUUGUCUCGCUCAUGCCGCGGUAG